AUGGCAAAGGACUGUCCUCGUGGAAGAAACCAGAAUGCGGGACGAAAUCAACACCAAGGCCGAGUGUUUGUUGUGAAUGCCAGUGAUGCUGCUAAGGCGGAUCCUUUGAUGAGAGGUAACUGUUUAUUUGGUGAGAAAAUAUUGGUUGUAUUGUAUGAUACUGGAGCCACACAUUCGUUUAUUGCAUUUGAUGAAGUUGAAGAACAAAGGAUGAAAAUGUCAAAAUUAGCUUUCGAUUUGCAUGUGCAUACCCCGUAUCAGAUGGUUGCAACUAGAUCAGGUUGUAGGAAUGUAUUUUUCAAGAUUGAGGAUAGAGAAUUUGUUCAUGAUUUAAUCUAUUUGCCAAUGGUUGGGUUGGAGAUGAUUUUGGAGUUUGAUUGGUCGUCCAAGAAUCGGGUAUUGUUGGAUUGCUUUGAGCGAUCUAUUCGGUUUAUGCCGGAAGGAAAAUGA